UCAUAACAGAGAAUUCUCUUAAUUCAGCAUGCCCGUUAAUUCUGUGUCGCUGCUCGAUUCAGACCUCUUCAACGUCCAGGCCGAUAAUGCAACUCGGGAUGAGAGGAUCUCCCUUUCAUAUCAUCGAGCGCGUGCUAUAGCAAGGGCAUAUGCAUUCAAUACGGAUGAUGUGCUCCGCCUGACUGGCAAGUUCUGGGAAUUCCAUCAAGACCUCAUCCAUACACGCGAUUCGGCUGCGUUCACCUUGCUGGCUAUACAGUACAAUCUCUGUGCAGGAACCCUGGCUCCCUUUCUUAAAGGAAGGGCGGAUCUCCGGUCGCUGAUGGAGAAACUGCUCAGCUUUGAAGUUUCAGGCCAAUUCCUUCUAACAGAGGUGGGACAUGGCUUGGACGCUCACGCUCUGGAGACCGUAGCUGUAUUGCUUCCAGGAGGUGAUUUUGAUCUUCAUACUCCGCACCCUGAUGCGGCCAAAUAUAUGCCACCCACCUCCCCAAUCCCAGGCUUUCCCCGUGUUGGGAUUGUAAUCGCAAGGCUCCUAGUUGACGGCGAAGAUCGAGGCGUUAGACCAUUCAUUGUCUGGCUCAACGAUGGUUGGAGAAUGUGUAAAGGGGUAUCUGCAAAAGUUCUCCCCGAGAGAGCAGGAUCCAAACCGCUCGAUCAUUGCAUUACGACCUUUAACCAUGUCCGACUCGCGCGAUCGGCCCUUCUCGGGGACGUGGAUAAACCUGCAGAUUUACGAAAGAACUUUCAGUCCACCAUCUGGCGCGUCCAUAUUGGCACGCUAUCUCUUACGACGGUUCUUAUCCCCACGUUGAAACGAUCUGUUUUCGUGGCGGGGAAAUACAGCCUACGGCGACAUAUACGGGAUCCCAACAACAACCCUAGACCGAUCAUAUCGUUCCGGACGCAGCAGCGUCCAGUCCUCCAUACUCUAGCUCAGAUUGCCGUUUUCGAGCCUUACGCACAGGAAAGUAUUAGGCAAUACACAGAUUCGACGAUUCCCUAUAGUAUGCGGCAAGGAGUCGCAGCUGCUUUUAAGGCCGUUCUCUCUCAGGCCAGCCAAGAGAGCCUCUUUGCUCUUGCCGAACGAUGCGGUGCCCAGGGUUUAUUUGGAUACAACAACAUUAUUGAUAACCAGUUGGAGGUCCGGGGCAGCUCCAUCGCUGAAGGAGAUACUUUGGUCCUUAGCAUAAAGCUCGCCUCCGAGUUGCUUCUAGGGCGAUAUAACAUGCCCCCUGCCAAAUAUCCAUCUUACCUUCUGGCAAUAUACGAGACUCAAUUAUUCCAGCAUACGCGCAAUAUAUUACGGUCUUUCGGUGGGGGUCACAGAACAGAGGAGUUUAAUACGCGCAUAUUGCCUCGAUGCCAAACGCUCGUUGAAGCUAUUGGUCACCGAAUGGCCUAUGAGGCCGCGUUAGAUGCCGCGGUAUCGCCAGACCUACUUGCUCUAUAUGAGGCCGGCGUCGUACUCCGCCAUUCUGGCUGGUUUGCCGAGAAUACGGCACUGGACAGUGAAUCACAGCUGGACAUGGAGUUACGUGCGAUGAAUACAAUACUGCCCAGACUUGAGCAGUUGCUGGACUCGACUGGAGCGGACCGAUACUGUACGGCACCGAUCGUGUCAAACAAGUCAUGGGAGGCGUUCACUCGUAUUCUCAAGGUGCAUGAAGGCAACGCUAGCGAUGGUGUUCAAGACGAUAAGGUCGGGGCAACCAGCAAGCUAUAGCCUCACCUGUAAGGAAGAAAGAGCGCUGCUAGACUAUAGACCCAAAUAUCAUUCCACGAUAGAACUUUUAUCAUCUACAGCCACAGGUGGUAGUAUAGCCCUGCCAUUUACCUAAAACUAAUGCCACUCCACAUCAUGUUGCCAAAUGGGCAAGAAGGAAACUUGUUCUAUUCUCCGGGUGUAGCAGGAGGUAG